GCGCUCCUGGGCCAGACAACAUAACUGCCAAAGUAUUGAAGGGCACCGUGAGCAUUUCUAGCUGUAUGUUGCAAGUUAUUUUUUAGCAAUCUGUUUCAAAUGGCGAAAUACCAAAUGAUUGGAAAGCUAGUAAAGUAACCCUAGUAUUUAAGGCAGGAAAUCGAUCCGAUCCUUCUAAUUACCGCCCAAUUUCAUUAACAUCUAUUCCAUGCAAGCUACCGGAGCACAUUUUAUAUUCGCAGAUCGCAUCACACCUCGACAAUAACGCUUUCUUCUAUGAAAAACAGCACGGUUUUAGAUCAGGCCAUUCUUGCGAGUCCCAGCUUUUCGAAUUCACCACAGACCUUCACUUAAACUUAGAUUCUUCUUUUCAAACUGACGUCAUUUACCUAGACUUCUCCUAAGCCUUCGAUCGCGUUCCACAUCGGCGUUUAAAGGCAAAACUGUCCUGCCUCCACAUUAACCCUUUAAUCUUGUCAUGGAUUGACUCCUUUUUCCGCGAACGCUCACAAUAUACAGUAAUAGGGAACCACAGAUCGCAAAAUACUACAGUCAUCUCUGGUGUCCCCCAGGGAUCGGUGCUGGGACCACUCCUUUUUCUGAUAUUUAUAAAUGAUCUUCCUAAUGCCAUAUCAUCUUGUAUCUGCCUCUUCGCAGACGAUUGUGUCCUUUACCGCCGCAUAUCUACUCCCGAUGAUCGGACUCUGCUUCAACGCGACUUAAAUCUCAUAGAAACCUGGUGUGCGACAUGGCUUAUGCAACUGAACAUUUCCAAAUAAGAGCUAUUGCCUAUAUAUUGAACAAUGUGUGGAAUGCAUCCGAGACUUUAGACGGUCGAUAUAUCCCCAACCUUCGUGAAAAAAUGGUAAAAAUGAUUUUCUCUGGGAUUGUUGCGUGUUUGGCGCUGCCAGCAGUUUGCGCUGCCAAUAGUGCUCCGCACAUCAUCUUCAUUCUUGCAGACGAUCUGGGCUGGGCGGACACGAGCUUGUUCGGAUCGUGUCAGAUACCGACUCCCAAUUUGGACGCGCUGGCUGCCCACGGACUGCUCCUCAAUCACUAUUACACUCUUCAAACCUGCACGCCUUCCCGGUCGACCCUGUUGACCGGCCUUUAUGCUAUCAGGUUGGGACUCCAGCAUGACGUCAUGCUUGCGACGGAACCGGGAGGCAUCAGCCUUGAUGUCCCCACGAUUGCAGAACAGAUGAAGAAGCUGGGCUACGACACACACGCCUUGGGCAAAUGGCACGUGGGAUACACAAGCACCAAUUACACGCCCACACACCGAGGAUUCAAUACACACUACGGACAUUACAACGACGCCAAGUACUACUUCAGCGCAAAGUUUAACUUCUACGGCAUAUGCGGGACUGACUUCUGGGACAACAACUCUCCCGUUACGAACGUGGAAGGUGCAUAUGAUACCCACCUUGUAACGGACAGGGCCGUUGAAAUCAUUUCUGGGCACGAUACUAGGAAGCCUAUGUUCAUGUAUAUGAGCACCCUCGCUGUGCACGCACAGACAGGCCACCUGGCGACCGACGCGCCGGAAAGGAACAUUGCUAAGUUCCCAUACAUUGGUGACAGGAACAGGACGCUGUUUGCUGGCGCUGUGGAUGCACUAGAUGAGUCCGUUGGUCGAGUCGUGGAGGCUCUGUACAAUAGAGAUAUGCUGUACAACAGCCUGGUGGUGUUCACUAGCGACAACGGCGGCAUUACGUGGGUAGCUCAUUCCAACACUGGUUCAAACUGGCCUCUGCGCGGCACCAAGGGAACUCUCUGGGAGGGUGGCAUCCGCGUACCGGCCCUGGUGUGGAGUCCUCUGCUCAAACCGGGACCACGUGUCGUCCUACCACGACUGGUGCACGCCGUCGAUUGGCUGCCCACACUCUACUCUGCUGCCGGAGGCAGCGUAUCGGAUCUGGGCUGCGUCGAUGGCAUCGACUUGUGGCCGGCUCUCUUCUCGGCGAAAAGCAACAAGUUCGUGGAGUGGCCAAGACAAGAAUUUCUUGUAAACGUUGACCAAGCAUCUGGCCUGGCGGCCUAUCGCGACGGCGACUUCAAGCUCGUCGAGGUCAGCAAUCCAACGUCGAACAGCUCGCGAUAUCCUUUCGGUGCCCCCGCGCUGCAGCGACAUGUGCCCACAGCCGGAGAGGCGCCUCCUCUCUGCAGGAGCUCAGAUGCUGCGAGAGUCUAUCUCGACUCCCACAUGAAGUCGUCAAUCACAUGGCGAACCUUAGAAAAAUUACGCAGUCUUGAAGACGACUGUGCUGCGCCUUGGGGGUGGCGAGAGAGAGCUGCCGUGAAGUGCAACAUUGGAGGCGCAGUUCCAACGUACGUCGGGCUGCAGAACGGAGACUACCUGUUUGACCUGUCGCAGGACCCGUGCGAGCUUCAUAACCUGGCGUCGGAGAUGCCAUCGGUCCUUUCGAAACUCAAGGACAAGCUCCAAGCAUACCGAGCAGUUGCACGUCCACCGAAGUACCACACCAUGUACAAGUGUGGUCUGCCCCAAGUCAACGACUGCGUCUGGGCAAGCUGGCAGGACCAGCAGCAGACUGCCUUGCAGGACUGCCCCUGUCCGUAAAAUUGUCAACUUCGGGAGUUGUGGCAAUAAAUACGACGGUCGCUGUUUCUA